GCGGCGAGCCAGCAAGAACUGGUGGUGUCGUCGAGCGGUGGCGCGGGAGGGAUGGAGGGCGGCGAUGGCUGCGGCUCCUCGGCGGCGGCGUCGGGGUCCGGGAGGGUGACGCGGCGGUGGACGCCGGAGGAGGACGACCUGCUGCGGCGCGCGGUCGCGCGGCACGGGCCGCGGAAGUGGCCCGAGCUCAGCGUCGAUAUCCCCGGUCGGUCCGGAAGGUCGUGCCACCGGCGGUGGGUCCAGCAUCUCAGCCCCGGCCUGGAGCGUCGCGCCUUCACGCCCGAGGAGGACGCCGUCAUCGUCGCGGCGCAAGCGAUGUACGGCAACAAGUGGACCACCAUCGCGCGGAUGCUCCCCGGCCGCACCCGCACCGAUAUCUCCAUCAAGAACCGCUGGAACUCCGCGCUGCAACAACAUUGCAGGGCGGCGACCGCCAGCGCCAACACCGCCGGGUGCGCCCUCCCACUGCGGCCGGCGACCACGGCCCCCGUGCCGAUUCCCGAUCUCAUGUAUCUCAACAAGAAGUUGGCGGCGGCUGAGGCAUCCCUUCCGUUCCCUCGUCUGGAGCCAAAGGACGACGAGGACGACGAGGACAUGGACGAGACGGGCGAGGACGAGGACAUGAACGAGCUGGGGGACGACGGCAGCAGCGAGGUCUUCCCGCCCGUGCCGGCGGUGCCGCUCACGCUAACCCUCAGCCUCUCUUCCGGCGUCCACGGCACCCUCGCAUCGCAGAGCACCUUCGCAUCUGCGGCGACCCUCGCAUCGGCGGCUACCCUCGCAUCGCAGAGCACCCUCGCAUCGCAGAGCACCUUCGCAUCGGCGGCGGCGACAGCGGGGAGUGCCAUGACAAUGAGGUCGAAUCUUGGGCAGGAUCCGUGGUUGGUGCCUGCGUUGCGGCUGAUUGUUAGCGAUGAGGUGCAGCGGAAGAUGCAGGAGAUGCCGCAGGUCACGGCUCCGGCCAGCAGGAGCAGCGCCGAUGCUGCCGACGGUAGUGCCGCGAACGGCCAGGACUGAUUGAUGGAGCCGUGACGGAGUGGCGGGCGGCGUUCGUCCUAACGAGCUUCAAUUCACCAUCGUCUAAACUGUUUGUUCGUUUGUUCGCUAAGCCCAUGAACAUGCACACCAUCUGUUGGUUUUUUAAAUUGUUUUGGUGGUGUAGUCACUUAUAUCUUUAGUCGUGUUUUUUUACUCAGCUGUGCCUUUACAGUGUUAUAGAAUAGAAAGGCACAACUGAAUAAAAAAUACAACUAAAGGUAUAUGUAAAUACACCAUCAAAAUUAAGGGCAUCAAUUUAAAAGUAGCAGUGAUAUACGAACUUACGCGGACUAUGCCGAUAUAUAGAUUGAAGCUUUCGAG